AUGAGUGCAGUUGCGCGUGCUUUUGUAACAUGGCAGGGCAACACACACUUCACGUUCAGCCAAGCCCAAAGCGUUGAGAGCGCUGAUCUGAAGAUUGGUUUUGGGAGGGAUGAUCAUGGAGAUGGGGCUAAUAAUGCAUUUGAUGGCCCAGGUAAGACCAUAGCCCAUGCUUUUCCGCCAUCUGAUGGGAGAUUUCACUACGAUGCUGAUGAGACGUGGGUGGUGGGCGCUGUACCGGGUGGUUUCGACUUGGAGACUGUGGCUUUGCAUGAAAUUGGACACCUUCUUGGACUUCACCAUAGCGAUGUUCCAGGGGCUGUCAUGCAAUCUGCAAUUCCUCCUGGAUAUACCCAAAGUUUGCAUGCGGAUGAUACUUUUACUUCCAGCGGGAAGAACGCUCUCAACAAGUUUAAACUUCAGUUAAGCAGUGCAAGUAUGGUCUACCAAGAAACACUUAGCACAACAAAGAAAAAUGGGGCAGAGAAAGUUCCAACCAAGAAAGAAACACAGAAGAAUGACAGGUCCCCAGCUAACGCCGUGAGUGGUGCUUAUGACUUGGAGACUGUGGCUUUGCAUGAAAUAGGACACCUUCUUGGGCUUGGGCAUAGCUCUGUUCAGGGAGCUAUUAUGUACCCGACUAUAACCCCUGGUGUGACCAAAGGUUUGCAUGGGGAUGAUAUUCAAGGAAUUAAAGCUUUAUACAACGCUUGA